AUGCAGCCAAAACUGUGCAGUAGACUGCGAGUGAAGAACUAUCUUUACUCGAUUGUGCCCAGUCGCCUAGACCCGGACGAACAUCGCGACCAUAACGAGCCCAGUUCUUUCAUUACCGCCGCCCCGGAACAUAACCGGCUGCAGGAGAGGAUCUCGAGUGGAACCAGUGCUGCCAUGGAUGACAACCAGGGGCGCGAUGAAGAACUCACACCAAAAAGCACCCAACCACUAAAGAGGGUAAAUGCUGAGCCGCAAGGGCAAACUAAUUGAUGGAGGAAAAUUUCAAAUGUAAACCUUUAAUAAAUUGAACUAAAAUCAAAUAAAACCAACUUAAGGGAAUAUAAUUACACAUUAAGUGCUAG